AUGUCUCGAUUUGUCAAGUUUACUCUUUACGCCUUUGUUGCGCUGAUUGCUUUCGCCGCGGUAGUCCGUACCGAGGAGAAGUACUACGAUGAUGACGGCAACGAUCUCAUCGUGUUCGACUCCAAAAUCGGUGACAACGACUUUGAGGAUGACGCUCCUAGCAAGCGCUCCCUCAACAUCCGCGGCAAGUCUGCCUAUGGCAUGGCUGCUCGUCACAAGAACGAGAGGUUGUUCACCAGUGGACCCUCGGACAAUGAGAAGCUCAUUGACCACAACAUCAAGAUUACUUGGUACGCGUCCGAGGAUCUCAAGGCCCCCGCCUGCUCUAACGGCAAGUGGGACCCCUCCAACUCCAACCACAUUGGUGCAGUCAUGAAGGGCUGGGACGGCGGCCCCCAGUGCGGUCAGUUUGUUCGUCUUUGCAACGACAAGACCUCGGUUUGUGUCAAGGUUCGCAUCGUUGACGAGUGCGCUGGCUGCAGCAAGAACCACGUCGACCUGACCAAGUCGGCCUUCAAGAAGCUGGCUACCACUGGUACGCUCGACGAGGGUAUCACUACUGGCCUCAAGCUCUGGGAUAGCCACAAGCCCAACCCUUGGGACUUCUCCCUUUACGGGCCUGUUGCGCUCUAA